UGUAUAUAUAGUGUGUGUGUGAGUGAGAAUCAAUCAUCCGGGAUUUCUGACGAGUUCGCUCGGAUUCGCAUUACAGUGGGUACACUCGGUUUACUCCGGUGCAGCAGCCACAUAAAUGCUCCGUAUUGAAACACGUGAUCCGUCAAACCAUGUCAUGAAAAUAAUAUCUCUCACAAACCGUUUUACCGCAUACUUUUAUGACGUUAUUCAGUGGUUACUUUUAGCUGCUUUUGCGAUGAUGGUGGUACACUGUAAAUUGCAUGUAAUAUAAUCCACAUUCCUUGACAUCAAAGUAGCGCUGGAGUCCCGAGUAAGCUUUAUCGAGUGCACCCUCUCGGGAAUUUGUGAUGAGGCGGGAAAUGGCGUCCGAAGAGCCCGUCGAUGGUCUGUGGUUCUGAACACAGCUGGCAGCGAUAACGACGGACAGACCUCUCUCUCGGUGGCCGCACCAUUGCGGCUACCAGUGUGGACAGGCAAGCGGCAAGUUUGGUUACGAAUUUAUUUGCUCCAUCGUCUUCCAUGUAACGUGUAGGAUGAUGAGGUUGAGAGUGCGGAAAGCUUCUCAGCAGACCAGCGCCAAACCAAAACCUGGUCCCAAAUCCAGCCCCGGCCGUCCAGCCCCAGCCUCGGCCCCCUGCCCAGCCCAGGCCAAGAGGAAACACUGUGACGUGGAGCCCACUGCUGCGACCAGGAGAGGCCUCAGAAUGCAGAAGAAUGAGACGGGCCUGUUUUCCACCAUUAAGAAGUUCAUCAGGGGAAAUGCUGUCAAGAUGGAGCAUGACAUCCCAGCUAAGAGGAGUCGUGUUGAUUGUAAAGUGGACAGCAGCAACCUGAUCACGUCUUCUCCUCAUCCUCCUAACAAAGCUAUCCCCAGGGGCUGCAGGAGAAGCGCUAACAAACCUGAUCCAAUGACGUUGAACAGUAAGCCCCUGAAGCCCAACGGUAAACUGGAGGUCCCCGUGGAGGUGGCCAUCAGCCCUCCUCGCACUACUCUCCUGGGGACCAUCUUCUCUCCCGUCUUCAACUUCUUCUCACCUGCAACCAAGACGGCCACUCUUGGGUCUGACUCACCUGGGCAGGUGCUGGAGGCUGAGGAGAUUGUGAAGGAGGUGGAGGAAAUGUCGACCAGUACCCCCACAUCUACAGAAGGCGUUGUCCUGUCUCCUGUUGCUCCAGUACCACCACCACCGGCUCCUCUGGCUACACCAGAACCACCUGUGAAGGAAGGGGAGAUGGUUACAGAAACAGAUACGCCCCUUCUAACAGCUCCGGUAUGCACCCCAGUCAGCUGUUACCCCCACGCCCCUCCCACGGCCCCUGCAGACGGCACCUACGAGGAGGACUGGGAAGUCUUUGAUCCGUACUUCUUCAUCAAACAUGUGCCUCCGUUGACAGAGGAGCAGAUAGCCAGGAAACCAGCACUGCCUCUCAAAACACGCAGCACACCAGAGUUCUCCUUGGUCCUAGAUUUGGACGAGACGUUGGUGCACUGUAGUCUGAAUGAGUUGGAUGACGCAGCUCUGACCUUCCCUGUCCUGUUCCAAGACGUCAUCUACCAGGUGUAUGUGCGUUUGCGGCCGUUCUUCAGAGAGUUCCUGGAGCGCAUGUCUCAAAUUUACGAGAUCAUUCUGUUCACUGCCUCUAAGAAGGUGUAUGCAGACAAGCUGCUCAACAUCCUGGACCCUAAGAAACAGUUGGUCAGGCAUCGUUUGUUUCGUGAGCACUGUGUAUGUGUUCAAGGAAACUACAUCAAGGACCUAAACAUUCUUGGAAGAGAUCUUUCAAAAACAAUAAUAAUCGACAAUUCACCUCAAGCCUUCGCCUAUCAGCUUUCCAAUGGGAUUCCCAUCGAGAGCUGGUUCAUGGACAGGAACGAUAACGAGCUUCUCAAGCUGGUUCCUUUCCUGGAGAAGCUGGUGGAGAUGAAUGACGACGUAAGGCCUUACGUCAGAGAACGGUUUCGUCUUCACGAUCUCCUUCCUCCAGACUGAUUUGUGAUUGGUUGACCCAGCAGGCUAACCAAUAGAAAUAUAGAAUGUAUAUUUAUAUUAGAAUGUUCAUUCUAAUUCUAUGGAUUAGCCCUGCAGUACUUGGAGAGGGAUGCCUUCCCUUCAACACAGCGGAGAUGAGGAGAAUCAAGUUUAACUGACUCUAAUGAGGAUGUUGUUUUAAAUGGAUCUCUGACUACAACUACAACGUUUUCAUUACUGAUGAAAAUACCAACAAAACACCAUUACAGAGGGUUUUCUUGUUACAGAAAACAAAACACAAAUCUUUAUAAUUCCUGAAGCUAUGUACAGUUUGAGUAUUUGUAUAUGUUUUGUAUUCUCGAACGAAACUGUUAUACUCAAACUAAACUGUACCCCCAGGGUAGAGCAGUCCCCUUGUAUUAUAAAAGGCUUCUGCCUAGACGGAUGGACCUCUCUGUUUAUUCUUGAAAGCAGGGCCGUGUUCGUUAAGGCACAAACGUUUUGCAACUAAGGAAAAUAAAGCGUUUCUGAUUGGAUAAGUCCAGGCAGAAUCUCUCCAAUUCGGACCGUUUUCUUCGUUUUUGGUGCCUAAUGAACAAAGACCGUGGCAACUUUCUGGGAGAUUGUUUCUCAUCUGCAGCUACACUUUUGGACUGAAUGUCAUGCAGUAUUUGAGUGUGGGGACCUGACUGCUCCAGACUCAUUUUAACAGGAAUGGGCAGUCAAACCUGUAUAAUAUACACACUCGAUUACAUGUGUACAUAUGACGUAUAUAUUUUUCAACUUUUCACUGUGCUUCUGAUUUUAGUACGUGUUCCUCUUUUAACUGACUGCUUCUUUUACAUUUUUUGUUUUUUACGACUUUGGGAGAAAAAAAAAUAGGUGAGUUUUCUGUUUGUCUGCCUGCAAUUUUUACAUCCCAAAUGGAAACCUAUUCCCUAUAUCGUGCACUGUUUGACCACAGUCCUAUGGGACCUAUUCCCUAUAUAGUGCACUAUACAAAAGAAUAGGGUGUCAUUUGGUAUGCAUGCUUACUUCCUAGUCUGCUUUUUAGUCCCAUUUUAAGUGCAGUUAUGUGGUCUCUAACAAGGUGCGGGUUUUUAAGAGGAAGUGUUUAUGAAAUCAUCAUGAUGAUGUGUAUAGGUCGUAAUGUUAAUGUAGUAUACGGUUUCACUUGGAAGACCAUUCAACAAGCCAUAAUGAUGGCCCAGAUAUUCAUUUAGAAAAUGUAUAUUUGAGAUUUCACCCCUUUUUUUUCUUUUUUUUUUAAAAGAUGUUUAAAAAAUACCCUUAAGAUGCUCUGUUUUUAGGGUGUGAUGAAAAGUUUGAGGAAGGAAGGAAGGAAAGCUUCAGAGCUCCUGCACUUUUUGUAUAAAAAAAAAUACUUUUAAAUGCAGCCCUAUGUAAAAAUCAUUUUUUGUACACAAGUUAUCACCUCAAUUGUUAUGUCCGGACUAUUUUGAAAUCGUAGCACCAGCAAAACGGCUAACAUUUUGUUUUAUCUUUUAAAUCAUGUUUUUCAUUGCUGUUCUUAGUUGUGGGUGGGUGUGUGUGUGUGUGUGUGUGUGUGUGGAAUCUCUUAUGUAUGAGUCUAAAAGUUUGGCCGAUAAGACUCCAUGUUGUCAUUGACCAUCUUGGACGGUCACUCCUGUUGUACUCGGUGUUACUCAAUGGUGUCCUUGAUCAUAAAUACAUUUUUAUACAAUUAAUGAAAA